ACCCCCGCUUGCAUUCCAGCUGCUAACUGCAAUAGCAGAUUGACUCACUGCAAGUGAAACGAGCAGAAGCCGAGCCCUCUGUCUCUCUGAGAACAGACAAAAACCAUGGCCAGUAAAAUCCAGGGUUUGAGUGAGGAGGAGAGGGACCACUUACUCCCCCUGCUACGGAACGCCCAAUGGGUGGAGGUUGUGGGCAGGGAUGCCAUCUACAAAGAGUUCAUCUUCAAAGACUUUAACCAGGCCUUUGGUUUCAUGUCCAGGGUGGCACUACAAGCUGAGAAGAUGGACCAUCACCCUGAGUGGUUUAACGUGUACAACAAGGUCCAAAUCACACUCAGCACACACGACUGUGGGGGCCUCUCUCAGAGAGACAUCACUUUGGCUACCUUCGUUGACCAAGCAUCGGUCCUCUAAACAACUCAUGGCCUGCUGCCAUUUCAGUGGUGGAACCCAGAGCAGAGCCUGCCUAUUAAUCGCUCUCCAUACAUUCAUUCAGAUGACUAACCUUUAACAGGAACAGGAAAUUAUCAAACAGGAAAUUACAUCAGAAUCCCAAUUAAUAUUUAAUGUUUACAGGUCACUUUUAAUUCAAACAUUUUGCUGGUGUGGUGUUUGUUGCUUGACUGAUGAAGCCAAAUAUACCUUUUAAAAAAUUG